AUUAUUUUUGUAUUAAAUUUAUAAAUUUAACAGAUGUAUAGUAGUUCUGUGUAUCAGAUUACGUAGAGUAGUUAUAAAUUAAUAGACAGUAAAAAAUUAGUUAGUGAACCCAUAUUAAUUUUUAAAAGUAGCACACUAGGUAUAUAAUGUUAAUAUGUGUAACCAAUCGUCGUGACUCAUUAUUUUUACAAUUUUUGUCAAAAUAAAAAAAAAAAAAUUAUACUCAUUUUUGAUAUACCUGAUUUUCGUGUAGUCGUUUUUGGUUAUGAAAUAAUCUCAUAUAAAUUAUAAAAUUAACAGCAUUUAAAAGUUAAAGAUAUAUACAGGUAUGUUUAGUUCAUUUUUGAGGUCUCCAUAAAUACACACUGAUGUUUAGUUUAUACAUGUAUUGCUCCGGAAAUCGAUGGAUGACGUGCAAUGUGGCUUUUGGUAAAAUAUAGUAGUUUUCCGUUGUCUACCCCUCUUCUCACACCGUCCUCAAAACAUACCAAAUAAUCGAUUUUGCCCCAUUUUGUUCGUGCAUUAUAAUAUAAAUAUACAUAUAUAUAUAUUUAUUGUUUGUGUGUGUAGGCACGAUGUCAGUAUAUUAUUAUAAUAUGUAUAUAGUAUAUAUACAUUAUACAAGUAUAUUUAUGUAUUUAUAAGUGUCCGGCGCACGAUUCAAUAUAGUUACGAUUCGCCAGCGGUGUGUAUAGUGUGUAAAACGAUGUAGUUACUUAAAUGUUGUGAUUAUAAUUUUUAGGUGAUUGCAAGAAACGGAUGCAUAAAAUACCUAUUUAAAAAUAUAUGCAUAACAUAAUAUUGUUCGCUGUAUAAUAUAGCCUAUAUUAUCGUUUUAAACAACAAAUGCAUAUUUAAAUUAUAAUAAUAUACUCUCUUAAAUAUAAACACACACAUAUAUAUUAUAUAUAUAUAAUAUAUAGCGCGUAAAUAAUAUAAUUUUAAUUAAUACACACAUGGCAUCGUAUAACUGCGAUAUACAUUGUGAAUACUAACGAAAUUUACUAACGAUAAAAAAAUAAAAUGGACAGCCAUCGUCGGAGUAGCAUUGUAGAACCCGCAGGCGGUGGUUACGUACCGGACACAAGAAGUCAAUUGAACACGACAACGGUACAACCCAAGCCAUUGCAGCGGGCUCCUGAAUUUGGUUCGAGACCUUCGCGACCAGAAUUCUAUCAACAAGGCCCUUACGGCACAACAAAUAGGCCACAGGGACAACAGCUACGGCCACCACCGCCGAGGAUGUCAGGUGAAAAUAAGGCCAGUCCUUGGAAUAUUAUUCGACAAACUCUGCCACCGGACGUCGGGGUCCGUGGUCCGGUACAGCUACAACAACAACGUGGGCCACCGCCCCAGAAUUAUAACAACAUUAACAACAAUAAUAACAUGCAACAGAGACCCCCACCACAACAAGAACAGCAACAGUACAGACAACAACUGCCGAUGCAAGAACGCCGUGGCCCUGCAGUGUCUCGGGUCCCCGAGGAAAGGCCGAAACCGCAAUUCAGAUCGGAAAAUGGUAGACAGAUGAGACCUGUUGAAGGUAGUGUCGAUGACGACGAAGAAGUGGUAGUUAACCCUGCCAUAAGCCAACAACCGGCGCCAAUUCGCAGGGAUUCGACGGUAUUUGCAGGUGGCCGUGCAAGUGACGGAACUGUUGACCAAAACAAGCAAUGGCAACCAAAGGCGGUGGUACAGGGGGCUAUGCCGCCGUAUGGAAAACCGCAGCCGCAGGAACAACAGUACGGUCGACAAUCAUUGGUAAUACCCGAGAAUCAGGAGCAAACACGUUUUCCAGUCCAAGCAACUGGUGGAUAUAAUAGCAGUAGGCUCGCGGUAACACAGGAAGACGACGGUAGUAGACAACCAGCGCAGGCACAAAAUGGCAUGCAAAAGGUCAGAGAUGUACAGCAACAACAACAGCAACAGCAGCAACAACAACAGCAACAACAGCAGCAACAACAACAGCAGCAACAACAACAACAACAGCAACAACAACAGAAACAGCAACAGCAACAUUUGUUGACGAGACGGGAUAGCGUGUUGGACGCAAAUAAAACCAAUAUUGACAUGAUGUCGCGCAGGAACGAAGGGAUGGCCGAGUAUGGAAGGAGACCGGCGCCAGACUUGCAGGAUGAUAGUGGCAGCAGGUGGCAGCCAGAACUUGUCGGUGGCGCCCGGAGACCACCGCCUAAACAGGACUCGGUACAAGAGAACGGAAAACGGCCGGCAGCCGAGUACAAGAAAACGGAACAAGAAGACAUGAGUGGCAGACGUACGAUGGAAUUAAAAAACACUAGACCGGAAGCUGGUGCUGCCGCCGCCGACUAUGCGACGGCUGGCAGACAGGUGAAUGCCGCGGCCCGGCCGGACGAUAGACCGUACGACAGACAGCCUGUCAGAGAUUACGAGCGCAAAGCGUCACUUGAAAAAGAUCAACCGGUUCCGAGAGCGGCGGCGGUGGAACACGGCAACCGAGCGUCGGAACUCAGGAAGUUGCACUUCGAAGCCACUCAUUUAAAACCGGUCAGAGAGCAACAGUACGUGGCCAACGAUGACAGCAAUAAAGUGGCCUCAGCGCGGAGUAGGGUGCCGCCCUUGGACGAGACGAGGGCUAGGGAUUACGCGGCCGCGGCUGCGAGGCCGACCGGUGACGGCAACCCGCCAAAUGAACGGUACAGGUCGACGUUCAACGCGGCGGCAGACGGUGCUGGAAGUCGAAACGACGAGGUUGUGCCGCAGAUGAGUAAGAACUCCAGGCCCGAUACUUUAAAAAUAAUCAAAGACAAUGAACCCCUCAAAGAUUCAUCUAAUUCGAAAAAUGAAAACGAUGUGGGCAAGUCGCCGAGCAAAAUCCCGAAAAAGGACCGGUCAGAAUUAAAAACGCCCACUCGAGCUAUUACGCCAAAGUCUCCCGAGAGCGUGAUGUCUAUUGGACAAAAGAAGUUGCCAAUGAAUAAAGUACAAGUGGGAUCUGCACCAUCUCCAAAUCUCAAAGUAGUCCGGUCGAAAGUCGGAUCACUGCAAAACACUAGUCAUAAACCUGGAGGCGGGCAAGUAAAAAUCGAAAACAGAAAACUCGAAUGGAAAGCCGGUACGAGAGUCGAGGCCAAAAACGACGCAUAUGUUCCUGGUGGCGGAGACAAAAAAAUUCAAAGUGUUAAGUUGCAGUGGAACGCCAAACCUAAAGUAGGUUCACUGGACAACAAAACACACAAGCCUGGCGGUGGUGACAAAAAAAUUGAAACCGUUAAGCUCGACUUCAAAGACAAGGCAAAACCAAAAAUUGGAUCUAAAGACAACAUUAAACACACUCCUGGCGGAGGAGCUAUCAAGAGUCAAUCCAUAGAAUUAUUAGAAAAGGAAUCGCACGACAUUGAAGAUCAAAAAUUGGAUAUAAAAGCUCAGAGCAAAGUUGGAUCGUUGGAUAACGUGAAACAUAGACCGGGCGGAGGAGAGGUGAAAAUAUUUGACGACAAGAGUUACAUAAAACAAACGACCGCAGGACAAAUUGGAACGCCCACAAAAACGCAGCUUUAAUGAUUAUUUACAGAGCUCAAGAUCAUCGCAAGCCGGCAAUGUAGCUGAACAAGAAAUUUAGACUACCAUCAUCACCACUUCUUAAGUGUUAUUUUGUUAUUAUAUAUUUCAUACUCAAAGUACACAUUAUAUAAUGAUAAUAUCAUAGUAUUAAUGCUUUUGAUAAGGCUCUAUUAAGGCCAGAGCACAUAUUAUUAUGUAUUGAUAAUAACUAAAUAAUAUGUUUGCACAAUCAUAAAACAUUUGCUGGUACAUGUACGUAUUAAUAAUAAUCAAAUGUAAAAAAGCA